AUGGAUUAUGAAAGUGAUACGGAGAACCAAAUACCAGAGGUGGUUGUGCUUUCAAAUUCAGAGGAUGAUAUUGGUGAUGUGAGGGAAGAUACAGUUGAGGAGAAGCAAGAACCGGUUCAGGGUGACAAAAAUGGGAAAGGAAAGCAAGCUGAUGUGAGGGAAAAUACAGCUGAGGAGAGCCAAGAAAAAGUUCAGCGUGACAGAAAAGGGAAAGGAAAGAAAACUGGUUGUAGUAGAAGAGAGAAUGAUGAAGAUUUUAUAUUGGAGGAGGAAGAAUUUGAGCAAGAUGUUGAAGCUGAGAUAGAUAUGGAUGGUAUAUGUUCUAAGGAGGAGUUGCACGAAUUGAAGUCAGUUGAUGAGUUUGAUGCUAGUAAAAAUUCCAAAGAAUUCAACCCGAAAACCAAAAUGCAAAACUUCCAAUUUGUUCUUGGCAUGGAAUUUGUCACUGUUACAAUUUUAAGGAAUGCAAUAAGGGAGUACUUUAUUGAAGGUGAUCAAGAACAUGUAUUUAUUGCCAAUGAUUCAAAUAGAGUUAGAGGUAAGUGCAAGGGUGUAAACUGUGAAUGGAUGUUGUGUGCUUCAAUAGUUAACAAGACAGAUGGCAAGAUAAUGAGGGUUAAAACACUUGUUGACAAGCAUAGUUGUGGCAUUGUUUUGGACAAUAAAAAGCUGACCUCAACUUGGCUUGCAAAGCACUUUUUGGAGAAAUUUAGGCUAAAUCCGAGUAUGGAAUUCACUGCAUUUAGGGAUAUAACUGCAAAGACCAAGUACUCACGUGUGUCUAGCUGGACAUUUUACAGAGCCAAGACAAAAGCAAGGAAGAUGGUUGAAGGGUUUGUCAAUGAACAAUACACCAUUCUUGAUGAUAACUGUAAAAGGUUGUUGGCUACCAAUCAUGGCUCUACUGUGAAGUUGAAAACUGAUUUGGUUAAUGGGAGAAGGACAUUUCAACGUAUUUAUAUUUGUCUUAAGGCAUGUAGAGAUGGCUGGUUGGGGAGUUGUAGACCUUUAAUUAGUCUUGAUGGCUGCUUCUUGAAAGGAUAUUGUAGGGGAAUUUUAUUGGCUGCAGUAGGCAUUGACGAUAAUAACUCCAUGUUUUCCAUUGCCUAUUGUGUUGCUGAAAAGGAAAACAAUGAGGUUUGGACAUGGUUCUUGGAGCUAUUGAAGGAUGAUCUAAGGAAUUUGAGUCCUACCAAGGUGAUAAUGAUGAGUGAUCGUCGAAAAGGAGUAGAAAAUUUAGUGGGAGCCAUCUUUAGUGGGUGUGAGGUGAGGUAUUGUGUUAGACACCUUCAUGCUAACUUUAAAAAGGAAUAUCCUGGGCUUUUACUUAAGCAGCUUUUGUGGGCAGUAGCUAAUACUACAACACAAGCUGAGUGUGAUCGAGCAAUGCAAGAAGUCAAGGAUGUUUCAGAUGGUGCUUACAAUUGGCUGGCAAGGAAGAACCCCACAGAAUGGAGUAAGUCACAUAUUUUAGAGUACCCAAAAUGUGACAUUUUGGUGAAUAAUUUGUAUGAGAGUUUCAAUGCAUCCACACUUGAUGCUCGCGACAAGCCAAUUAUAACUCUACUAGAGAAAAUUAGAUUUUGGUUGAUGUCUCGAUUUUAUAACAAAAAAGCUAAGUUGGAGAAGAUGACUCAACCUGUGGGGAAGAGAAUUUUGAAGAUAAUUGAGAAGCAAAAAGAGGUUGCAAAGCAUUGUCUGGUUACUAGGUUUGACAAGAUUGAGUUUCAGGUUCAAUGCAGCAAUGGUAGUGCCUUGGUUGUCGAAUUUGAAUUCAGAACUUGUACAUGUAAGAGGUUUCAACUAUUUGGGCUUCCUUUUGGCCAUGAAUUAGCUACUAUCUAUUUCAUGGGAGGUAAUGUCUUUGAUUAUGUCCACGGAUUCUAUAAAAAAGAAUCGUUGCAAAAAGCAUAUGAACAGAGUGUGCAUCCUAUGCCUAGUCCAGAUAUGUGGCCUCAGACAGGACUCAACCCAAUUGAUCCACCACCUGAGACGAAUCUACCUGGAAGACCUAAGAAAGCUAGGAGAAGGGAGACAAAUGAACCUGCACCUGCUUUAAAGAAAGCUCGAAGAAUUGGACAAGUUAAAACAUGCAACAAUUGUCUGAAAACAGGGCAUAAGAGAGAAACAUGCAAAUCUGCUAAGGUGGUUCAGAAUCAUGUAGUCAAAAAACGAGGCCGUCCACCACCGCAGAAACCAACUGAAGCCAUACUUAAAAGGAAGGAAAGAAGGCUGAAACAACAUGCUAAAGGAGGAAGUAAUGGUGCAAAGGAUGCUCAACCCGAUACUGUCUGA